CAAAAGCAUACUGGUCUUAUAACUAACGUAAACUCCACGUUCGUAAUUGACUUCCACGUGUGAGUGAUAAUUUUUAGGCAACCCAGAAGGUGGCGCUGCGAUAUUGGAAGAGGAAGCCAUGUUUGAUUGAUUUUUAAGCUUCAUUUCACACAACUACAGCAAGAUGAUUGAACAAGACAGACCUGGAAAGAUAUUUGUUGGAGGCCUUACUUCAAAUGUUGACAGAGAGACACUUGAAACAGCAUUUGCUAAAUUUGGCAGAAUCACAGAAAUUCUCAUAAUAAGAGACAAAAUCACCAACCAGUCACGUGGAUAUGGAUUCAUCACAUACGAAAAUCCCUUGGAUGCUGAGGAUGCAGUGAAAGGAAUGGAUGGAGAAGUUCCCUCAUUUCAGACCAUUAAUGGCAAGGAAAUUCACGUUGAACAAGCCGUGAGAGCAGUACACGAUGACCGAGGCGGAGGGAUGAGGUCCAGCCGUGGGGGUGGCAGGUCAAGGGGUGGUUCCUCCAUGCGCAGCAGGGGCAGUCGAGGGGGUCUGUCAAGUAGAAGGGGAGGUUUCAGCACACGGGAUGGUGGCGGCAGUCGAGACAGUUCACGAAGGAUGGAUUCCAUGAGACGAGGAUCUCCGCCACCAAGGCGUGGAUCUUCAGGAAUGAGAGGGCGUGGACGUGGUGGACCUAUGAUAAGAAAACAUAUUAAUCGACGCACAAGUUUUUCGGGUCGCAGCAGCAGUUUUGGACGGAGAGAAAUGACUCCCCCUAGGAAGUCCAUGAUGCUUCACUCCUCCCCACCCCGUUAUUCUGAUGGUCCGUCCAGACGGGGCCCGUCCUACAAUGAUUCCCCUCCACCAAGAAGAAUGUCCUCUGAUUAUGAUCGCAGAGAUAGCAGAUUUACAAGCAGUGGUAUCUCUGAUCGUCUUCCUCCACGUAGCCGAGAUAUAUAUCAGUCUUCCCCUCCACGAGACUCGGGCCGGCUCAUGGACAGUCGUAUGUCAUCAGGUCGGGGUAGCCGAGAUUAUCAGAGUUCGCGAGAUUACCCCCCACAGAGGGACUACAAUUCUCGCAAUUUCACUCCCGACAGAGAACCAAUCAGAUCACGGCUGCCUCCGCAAAGAGAUUCGUAUUCCAUGAGUAGUCGAGAUGACCGCCGUGAUACUUUCAGCCGCAGCAGUGGUGGCCGGGAUUACUUGUCUCCACGCAGCAGUGGCGAUUACAUCAGUUCCAGGGACACUGGGCGUGAUUACGGCUCAUCACGAGACUAUGGCUCAUCUAGUCGGGAGUACCAGUCCAGCAGAGACCCACCAAGCAGGGAUUACAGUUCUCGAUUCGACAGCCAUGACAUCGGCGGCAGUAGCAGCCGUUACUCGUCCCGGGACCUUGACAGACCAACACAGAGUAGAGGCCCACCACUCCGCAGCUACGAUAGCCUGGAUGACUUGCCGCCAAGUAGGAGCAGCUAUAGCAGCCCGGCAGGAGGUUCUCGAGGACCACCAUCUAGGUCAGGACCAUCAUUCAGCUCCCGUGGAGGUGGUGGCAGUAGUGAUCGCAGAGACAGUCGAGGAGGAGGGGGAGGUGGAGGUGCAGUUUUGGGAAGCCGACGUCCAGGGCCUACCCUGUCACGUGGGGCCCCCCCACCAAAACGAUCCCGCGUUGACGGACCCCCAAUGAAGCACGGAGGAGCACCAUCAUCAUUCAGGCGCUAAACAUUGUACGUGUCUGAUGUACUUUCAGAUUAGAAUGACUUCCUCCACGAAAUAGCAGUGACUAUUUUAUGUUGUCAAAUUUCAUCCCCUCACCAUACCAGCCAUCCUGACAAUAUUGCUCGUUUUAUCUCAACAAAUGUUUCAAUGUGUAACUCAAAACAUGACUGGAAUCAAUUUCUUUUAAUGUUAUUAGUUUUAUGCUACAAAUCAUGGACAUUUGAUGGUAUCUUACAUUUCAAAGGCCAAGUGCGUUUAUGUGUAUUCUUGCUUAUAUGUCAAAUAGGAAAUAAACACCGUUUCAUGUCAA